UGCUCAGCAGAACAAAAUUGGACUAACAGGGUUAAUAACAUUUUACCUUAAAGAAUAAAUAUUCUUAUUUCUACCUACUGAUUGUUGUUUUCAUUUUUAAACUACAGUAAGUGUAGCUGACCACCAUCUCAUCAUGUCAGCUGAAGCUGAAACUACUACUUGCAGCCAUCCUGAGCAACAGGUUCCACCAAAAGCACAACCUCCAAAGAAGGAAAAAAAGAAAGGGCCAGAAAAGACAGAUGAAACUCUCUUGGCCAGAUUCAAAGGUGAUGGUGUAAGAUACAAAGCUAAACUGAUUGGCAUUGAUGAUGUCCCAGAGGCUAGAGGAGACAAAAUGAGUCAGGAUUCAAUGAUGAAGCUGAAGGGAAUGGCAGUGGCAGCCCGUUCCCAGGGUCAACACAAACAGAAGAUCUGUGUGAACAUCUCCCUCUCUGGUAUCAAGAUAAUAGAUGAGAAAACCGGGGUUAUAGAGCAUGAACAUCCAGUGAACAAAAUCUCUUUUAUUGCCCGUGACGUGACUGACAACCGUGCCUUUGGCUAUAUAUGUGGAGGAGAGGGACAGCACCAGUUUUUUGCCAUAAAAACGUCACAACAGGCUGAGCCUCUAGUUAUUGAUCUCAAGGACCUCUUCCAACUAAUAUAUAAUAUGAAGAAGAAGGAAGAUGAAGACAAAAAGAAGAAUGAAGAGACAAGUAAGAAUGAGGGGGUUGACCAGAGAAACUUGUUUGGGGAUAUGUCAACACCACCUCACACGAACAGUUCCACUGAAGCUAAAGAGAUUCUGUUAGUGGAUCUAAAUUCUGAAAUUGAGACCAAACAGAUUUUUACAAAAGAGGAUUUCUUCUCAAAUGGCAAAACAACCUCUCUUCCACAACCAACGCCACAGACACUCUUCUUGCCUGAGAGUCCUUUCUCUACCAAUCUCAGCUUCUUUCCUGCACCUAAUCCAGACCCUUUCAGUGAUGAUCCUUUUGCACGGCCAGACCAAUCUGCACCACCUUCAUUUGAUUCUCUAAAAUGCGAUGAGGAGCAAAGUCUGAGUACCGUGGCAUUGGUGGGUAAUAGUUCGUCAAAUGGUGAUGUUGACUACUUUGGUGAACAGUUUGACCAGAUUUCUAAUAGAACUGGCAAACAAAAAGCACUAAAAAGCCCAUGGCCACUUCAGAGUAGGUUGCCUGCAACAAGAACUCCCAGUGGGGUACCAGAGAGAGAACAGAAUGGCUUUAUUAAAGCGCCAUCAGACCUGCUUGUGGAAGGUCCUUCUCUGCAGAAUGAAGUAAAGCUGGAUUCUGAAAGCAAUAUCCAGCUCAUAUCACAUGAGUCUAUAACCAUUAGCCCACCACCACAAAGUACCAAGCCAGGAAGAGGAAGGAGGUCUGUCAAGAUGGCAUCAAAUGACUUUUUUAGCUCAGACUUCUUUGUGCCUACUACAGAGAGCUCUAGCAUGACUUCAGUGGCACAAACAGGACCUGUGCUACGUAAUCCACUAGACCCCUUCAAAACGAGUUCAACCACAGAGUCUUCAUUCUCCUCUCUAGGUGGCUUGCCAGUAACUCAGUCGCCAUGGAGUGUACAGACACCUCUCUUCGGUCAGGCUCUAUCAGUCUUCCCUGGACCCCUGUCUGCUCAGCCUACAGGAUUUUCUCAGGCACUUUCCUUUACGGCUUCACCAGUGUCAAGCUGGAACCAGUCUGCAUCUUUUAAUCCAACUGCCCCUCAGUCCACUGUUGUCUGGGGACAGCCAGCACAAGUUCCAUCUAGUUCAUGGGUGCAGCCAUCCAGUGCUGUAAAUCCCUUCCAGAGUAGUGUGUUCCCACCUUCAACACUACCUGCUCAGACACCAUCAGUAUUGCCUUCUAUGUCAACAGCUAGCCUACUUCAGCCUCCACCUAAAACUGCACCUCAGAAAGAGCUGUCCAAGAUAGAGAGUGAUGCUUUCAUUGCUCUGGAUCCACUUGGUGAUAAAGAGGUGAAGGAUGUUAAGGAAAUGUUCAAAGACUUCCAUCUGACAAAGCCACCUGCAGUACCAGCAAGGAGAGGAGAGCAGCAAAGUUUUUCAGAACCACCAAAACCUGCUCCCAGACAAAGUGUGCUACCAGCUGAUGGCCUGCUUGAAAGUCAAGCUAAACCGGAUUCUUUCAGUGCUUUCUCUAAUGAAUCUCAGAAACCACUUUCUGGUCCUUUUGGUGAUCCUUUUGGAAACCCAUUUGAAUAGAUCAGGCAUAACCAGAAAAGGACAAAUGGAAUAACUGGACCUCUUAAUGUGAUUUUUCUACAUGUUUCACUUUGUCUGCAACUCUUGCUGCUGUUCCAUGAUGUCUGUAAGCUAAAACAUGUUCCAGCAG